CGUGCACGACUGUUUGACUACGGUCUGGACUAGAUGAUCAUCUCUAUAAAGCUCAAGAUCUGCUUUCAUAUUUAUUUUCUCUUCUGUUUUUUGAAGCUGAGCAACGUCAGACAUAUAUGCCCUCUGAAGAAAAUUAAGAAAGCUAGGCAAGAUAAUGGCGCAUAUGAAGUUUGUAUGCCUUUCGCUAGUACUUAUUAGCUGUACUGCAUGGCUCCCCAGCUUGGCACAUCCAUCCCAAGAUACAAAAGCCGCCGGUAGAGAAGUCAUGAGUGCUAGUGUUUCAAGUGCAAAGUGUCUUCUGGAAGAUGAAAGGGCUGCAACAGCUUGUACAAACAAGAAGAUAAAGGGAAGGAAAAUGCAGGCCGCGAUGGGCAAUAAUAUCGUGAAGCAAGGUCAGAAGAAAGAGCAUGGUGCAGUUGCAGGCCGAAGGACGACGUCAAAUAUCUCAAGCUCAAACCAAGUUGAUGGAAAGUACGAAGCUGAUCAUGAAGAAGCUGGUAAGAAUGGCUCAACUAGUCAUGUAGAACAUGAGCGCCAAAACGUUUAUCGUUCUUCUGAACAGAUUGAUGAGGCAGCUGGUUUUGUAGCUUUCAAUGCUGACUACCAUGCACCAAGACACCACCCACCUAAGAAUAACUGA